UUUCUCCUGAACAUACUUUUCCUUCAAGAGGCUUCAUAAACUUGUUGACUUUCGUUUUUAUUUAAAUUUCCAAAGAUUUCAUUCAGAGUUAUACUCCCCUAGGACCACCCGGAUGUUUCCGUCGACGAUCAUCUGCUUGCUACUGCUCAUCAUCGGCGCUGUGGCAGCCGACUGUCCUGAAAGCUAUGAGGUCGUCGGGUCCAAGUGCAUCCACCGUUACACGGGUAGAUAUCUGACGUACGACGAAGCGGCCACUUACUGCACCCAGCACUUCGGCAGGCUGCCUGUGCUUAAAGACUGCGCUUCCUUCAUUGAUGUCACCACCUAUGUCAAUGAUGGAUACUCAACUGAUUUCAACAACGGCUACUGGUUAGGCGCGACCAAUGGAACGCUCACCAAUGUUUGGCAGUGGAGUGACGGAGCGGCCGUGCAAAUGGGCGCUCCGUACUGGGCCAUGAAUACUGCAGAUAAUUUGACAACGGAACCUUCGGGUGGAUGGAGUGAGAACUGUGCUUAUAUAAGUGCCUCGGCCCAGUUAUUCGAAGACGCCAAAUGUGGAGUCGCAAAAUAUCCACUGUGCCGAAGAUAUAUAAUAGAUGGCGUCUGCGAAGAUCCUUUUGUUAUGGUUGGCACUCAGUGUAUUCACAUAAUUACGACCGAAGACAACUGGCAUGCCGCUCGUUUCGACCAUUGUGUUGGCGUCCAUGGUGAUCUGAUUUAUUUCGACGACUGCGAUCAGUACCACAAGGUUGCCCUCUACCUCGCUGAACAAGAACCCCGUGACUAUUGGAUCGGGGGCACCGAUGAUGCCGUGGAAGGGCAAUGGCGCUGGGUGGUUGACGAUUCGCCGAUGACCAUGGGACUGCCUUACUGGGCACAGCGCGACACGACGGUUAUGAAGAACAGCGACCGCGGGGACGCGCGGCUACAGCUGCGGUACGGUCUUUUGGAAUACGGCAGCAAACGCGCGCGUGAG